AUGACACUCGCGGCGCAGAAGGCCAAUUUUGCAGAGAGUAGUGAAAUUUUCUCAGCAGAAGACCUCUAUCCUCGGCAACAGAAGCAAACGCGGCCGAGCUUAUCCAUACGGGAUAGUCGAUACGGUUCAAGGCACAAAGACCCCGCAACCAGCCUUGAUGAAGUCGGUUUCGGAGCCCAUGUUGACAAAUCGGUGGCUCCAGCUGGUGAUAAGGUUGCACUGGAUAUGUUUAUUGUGAAAUCCGAUUUCAUGCAGGUGGUGGAUAUCAAAGUGUCGCUUGUGGAAACCAUCCACGUGUUUUCAUUAUUGAACAAUGAUGAUGCUUUCGCUAGGGCAGUAGCUCCGUCACUAUCAACAACAGCUGUCUCCUCGAGCGAUAGACAGAGCCCUGAGAGGAAACAGUUUGCAAAAGCUGAGACGAAGCCAAGAAAAAAGCUUGUUGGAACAUAUGUGACCAAGAUUGCAAAGGACUAUGUGUCUGCGCAGUCGGAGGAGAGCCAUGCCAACGGCAAUCAUUUAAAGGGUUACUAUGAAGACCAUGAAGACUUUAGGACCGCGAAAUCAUUGUCCAUGUACCAUAUAGCCAUGCAUAUCCCUGAAAAUGCGCUGACGAUUUUAGACCGUGAACUAUUCAAAGUCGAGUACAUGUUUGUAAUCAAAUUCUUUUUCAAGGGUCGCAUGGGUGCAUUCCUAGAAGUCCCCAUUGAGAUUGUAUCGAAGUAUAAUCACAAUCGUAUCUCGACCAUUUCAGGCGCCAUUUUCUGUGCCACCAAUUCUGUUCAGGCCGUAUUACCACCUGUACCUACCCUGACCAAGUGGAGUGAGAGUUAUGUAUCGGAAAGAGACCCUGCCAUAAAUUCGUCGGCCGCUAAAGCGCUAUUAUUACCAACGUCAUCAUCUCCUCCUUCAUCGCCUCUUGCAGUCAAGGGCGAGGAUAAAGUGGAUAUUGCUGAGGCCAGCCUUGAACCAGUAAACAGAGCCAUCACUGGUAGGACUGUAGAAAGCAGUAGCUCCAAAGUGGCUAGAUUCAUUAUGAAUACAGCAGAUACAAAGCAGAGCGUUGGCCUACCACCAUCAAGGAUAAGCUCUGUGAGACACUCUCCUCCACCUGAAGCUACUUAUUUUAAAGUUCAACAACAACAAGCAAGCCUUGACUACGCUUUUAGAGAAACCAAGGACAUUUCAUUCACGGAUACAUUAAAGACAACGUCGACCGCAAUUGACCAAACUGAUUCCACUCUAAACAACAAGGAUCGAUCAGCAGUAUCAACAGCAAUAGUGAGUAUUGCACAUAGGGCCGUGGAAGGGCCCGUUAGCAUUCAACCGAGUGUCAAAGUAGCAGGGGCUGUUGUUCAUCAGUCAAACGCUUCAAGUCUAGCUGCUGGACUUUUACAGAAGGAGCCAGGUCCUGUUUUGGAGGCAAAUACAGUAGCAUCUAAGAAGAAGAUAGGUGACUUAGCACUGAUAAUGCCAGCAAGUGUCCCUGCUGUUAGAACUGGAACCAAGGAAGCCAAAGUUGCCCCAAAGGCGGCCGCAGAAGAAGCUGGCGAUGACUUUACUCUUACCAUUAUGUCCAAUCAAAAGAACUAUUCGGAUAGAGAUUUAUCUCAUCUAUAUCCGGCUCAACAACGGUGGAGCGGUUUUAGUGAAUCAAGGGACGGGGGUAGCAGGGCGUAUAAUGAUCUGAUAGCCAAGUCUUCAAAAGAUUUACCCUCGCCUCUCCCACACCCUCGAAACACUAAUGGAGCACUAACAAGUAUAAAAAUUUCACCUCAGCAACAGUCUGCAACAUUUGCACUUGUUACAUCAAUGCUCCCAGCAAUGAGCUUGUUCUCUUCAGUUGGUCAUACUUCUGUUGAAGAGAGCAGCAGCAGUAGCAGUGGCAAUGGGAAUGGGAACCGUAUUAGUAGUAAAAGCAACACCCAGCCCCAAUACGCUAGACGGUCUUUACAGCAGGCAGAAUUACACCAUCCCAAAUUGUCCUCUCGACCUCUUAAAUCAUGUCUUAGGGAGCGACGAGAAGCCAUUCCGCUCAAUGUGACGCCGCCGAACCAUAGGCCUGUUCAGGCCAAGAAAAAGGUUACAUUCGCCAAGGGAUGCACUCCUUUAACAUCCCCAAUAACACAUCAAGCUUUAUUUCCAGGGAUUGACUUUGGUGCCAUCAGUAGGGCUAAUAACAACCACAGCAGUAAUAGUAGCAAUGUUACUCAGGAGAGACAUGGCUACAUGCCAAAUUAUCCGCCGCUCUCAUUCUCCCCUCCAUUAGCUCCAGCAAUGCCGUUGGCGUGUAGUCCAAGCCGAGGCUCUACGUUGAAUCCAAGAUUGGCAGCCUCAGAUAAUGUUGCUUCGGCGCCUACUUCCACAACCAUUGCUACGAGCAUUGUUAAUCCUAACACUACUAUUACUACUACUAAGGGGUCUCACGCCAGGAGCUCCAACCCUGCUAGUCCGUAUCACCCUUUUGACAAUCAUCCGAGCCGUUUGUCUCCACUCGAAAAACAAAACUUGGGCUUCCAAAUUAAAGUACAGAGCCCGUCUCGAAGCAACAGUUACAAUAACCACAGUAACAGUACCAGUCGGAAGGUGGACGAGGUUAAAGAAGGAGAGAGUAGCGAUGAGGAUGAUGCGUUUGAGGAUGACGAAGGCGACUACGACUACAACUAUGACGAUAACGAGGAAGAUGAGGAGACAGAGGAAGAACGGAUUGAACGCCGUCGUCAAGCUAGAGUUGCAUGGCUGGCCAGGUAUGGAGAUGCGUUCAAGCAGGUCUAUGGAGCAGUACCUGAGUUGCCACCGAUUUAAAAUGAAAAAAAGUAAAAGAAAUAAGGAUAUAUAUCAAUAACGAAGGCAGUUUCCGUUAUUUAUUAAAUAAAUUUGUAUCCUCACUCCUGCUAUUAAAAUCUGCCUAGAUAGAUUGACAGAAAAAAAACUCUUUUCCUUCGUCAAUUGAUAUCCAUAUCUCCUGCAACAAAAUCUUCAACGUCAUCAUGCCUAAAAAAGAAAAAAAAAAUGCAAGAGUAUUUUACGUCAGUUAGGGAACGAUGACAGGACUUCCUUCUCUCCAAAAGCUAUUUGGUUUC